GAAACCAGACUACCGGCAAGCGCACGAAUUUGUUUGUGGACUGUGCAGUGUGUAGUGGGCAGAGAAAGUUUUAAGGUUAAUGUUAUCUAGAUUUUGCGAAGGAAAAUGACUGGAAUGAUUGUAACAAAGACGUUGAAGUUGAGGGCCCUUUUAACAGCCCCAUUAUCCUCCAUGUGUAUGCACACAGUGACCGAAAUCAAAGGAAACAAAAAUGUGUACGACGUUGUUAUUGUUGGAGGAGGCAUGGUUGGGACGACAAUGGCCUGUAAAUUAGGACAUGAUAGACGCUUAUCUAACAAACGCAUCCUGCUUUUAGAAGGCAGUCCAAAGAAAGAGUGGCAGCUUACUCCACAUUACAGCAAUCGUGUUUCUGCUUUGAAUGGGGGCACAAAAUCUCUGCUAGAAUCAAUUGGUGCUUGGGAAAAGAUAUAUAAAACAAGAUGUAAGGCUGUGAAGAAAAUGCAAGUUUGGGAUGCUCUGUCAGAUGCAAUGAUAACGUUCAACAAUGAUGGAAUGGCAGAAGAGAUUGCAUACAUAGUUGAAAAUGACCUUUUAGUAGACUCAGUUAGUAAAUGUCUGGAAGAACGAACUUCCAAUGUUGAAGUCAUCUAUGAAGCAAAAGUUAAAAAUUGCAAAUUACCAUCAAGUGAUGUUUUAUCUGGUGCACAUGACCUUGCACAGAUUGAAAUGGAAGAUGGUACUUCUUACAGCUGCAGAUUACUGUUCUGAUGGGAAAGAUGAGACCAAGGCACUGGUGAAACAUCCUGACAUCCUGAAUGCCAAAAAUUCUGUGUAAAAUUUGUUUUCAGGC